CGUAACCAAAUAUUGGAGAGAACAAAAAAAAAUUAAGCCAAAUAUUUAUAUUUUAUCAAUUGCAACGGUUAAAGAUACUAUCACAAAAAUUCAAUUAUGUUUGCUCUACAAACGCGUCGAAUAUAUCGUAUAUGUGAUAAAAUCAUUGUCCGAGAAAUAAGGCAAAGAAGGUUACCGGGACCGAAUCCAGGAUUAGAUCAAAGAUUAAGAGUAUUUAGGAAAGAUGGUAUUAAAGUUGAAGAUAAUGAUGCAGAAGAAUUUAUUGAACAGUCCGAAAGUAGUUUUUAUAAUGUUGGUGAAGCCUACAAUGAACACUUAAACGAAACUUUGAUUGGAAAACAUGAACUACGUCACCAUAUCGUGAAGGAGAAAUAUUUUAAAGAGAACAUGCCAAAUCUAUUGACUUGGAGUGAAAAGGAACAAAUAAGACAUCUAGCAACCACAAUGCCUGAUGAGUGGACACCACAAAGAAUAGCUGAGAGCUUUCCAGUCACUGAAGCUGUAGUAAAGAAACUACUAAAAUUCCCAUGGAAGCCUGCUUCAGAACAGCGCAUAGCUCGGCAUGAUGCGUCUGCUAUGAGAAAUUGGAGAGAAUUAAAAGAAGGAUCUCUAGAUAUACCUGAAAAAUUAAGACAACACUUUCUAAAAUUCUCUGAGAGAUCUAUCCCACCUCUUAAUAAGUCAUCUAUCAAGAUUGACUUAACUCAAGAAGAAAAAAUUGGAGAAUUUGAAAGUAUUAUUAAAAAAUGUGCUUCUCAUGAUGCCAAUAGAAAUGAUAAAAAUGAACAUGAGAACCAGCAAAUGGAAAGUGAUACUGCCACUAAGAAUCAAGAAACCCAGAACACAGAUAAAAAACGAUUAACACUAGAUGAAUUGGCCAAUAAAAUAAAAAAUCGGUUAGAACAAGGCCAGAAUGUUGAUAUGCCUGAUAAAAUUAUAUUAGACUCUAUUUCUCAUGUCCCUGAACCAAAACCAGAUGUUAAAAGGGAUAUAGAAUUAUUUAGCACAUCUAAUGAACAACAGGAGCUGACACAAUUCAAGGCAGAUGAUAAUAAAUUAGAAGUAGUAUCUGGUUCAAAUUAUCCUGAGAGGAUAAGAAUACCUAAAAAAGCAUACAAAAAAGAUGCCACCUACAAAGUAAAUGAUUGUUUCUAUGAUCAUGACGGAAGAUUUUUGUAUAGAGUUAUUGGUAUAACAGGCAAGCAGUAACCAAAUAGUAAUGAGGGAUAGUAAAUAAAACAUUUAUUUAAAAGCA